GUUUUCUUCCCAUUUUUUUAUUUCCUUUUCCAGCCUUUAUAAAUUUAAAUACUAACCAUCUCUGUCUCUCUACUAUAAGUGACUAACGUGCAUCCAAGUACUCUUGUUAGUUACCAUCAUCAUCAUUCAUCUACACUCCUUCUACUAUAUUUACACAUUCUCACAUUCAUCCAUUUUCAUCCAUUUUCCUCAUGAGCACCAACCACAACAAUGGAUCCCAGUUUGGGGACACUACGCUCACCAAAGUGUUCGUUGGAGGUCUUGCUUGGGAGACUCCCAAAGACACACUGAGAGAGCAUUUUGAAAAGUACGGCGAAAUCCUUGAAGCUGUUAUCAUUUCCGAUAAGCUUACCGGCAGAUCCAAAGGAUACGGAUUUGUGACGUUCAAGGAAGCAGAGGCGGCAAACAAGGCUUGCGAGGAACCGACUGUUAUGAUCAAUGGCCGCCGAGCCAACUGUAAUAUCGCAUCUCAUGGUGCUCGCCGUCAAAGGUCUAAUCCAGCCACUCCUCCUCUCUCUCCUCCACCUCUACCACCGCCUUACACACAAGGAACGAAGAACCGUGAGAGCCAGCCGGUUCAGUGGUAUUAUCCGGUGGGAACACCCACACCUGCACCUCCUUCUCCAUUCUAUCAUCACGCCAUUCCUUUUUACGGGUAUACGCCCACCUACAUUGCACCAGAUCAUAUGAAUUACAAUUACUAUAACAACUACAAUUACAAUUACAAUUACAAUCAGAAGGUGAACUAUGGAAUGGGUGGGGUGUAUGUGUAUCCGAGUCGGCAAGGUAUUGUGCCAGUGAUGCAUCCUUUCUACAGAACAGAAACUAUGGGUGUCCCUGCACCUCAAAUCUUCCAUUCACUACCACCUCAUUAUGCUCCUUCCAUCACUCCUCCUCCUACUACAGGUCCAGUUGGCACGGGUGAAUGCUUCAAAAGAGUGGUGGUAUGAGUGAGAGAAUAUGGAUGGGGGAUGGUCGCAAGUGAAAGCACGCAGCUACAUUAUUAUCUCAUAUCUGUUGUGCAUCUGCUUUUGGAUUCUUUUAUUUUUAAUUAUUAAUCUUAAUUAGGGGUGUUUUAUUUCA